AUGGGACUCAAGGCUGCUGCUGCCCUGGGCCGGUCCGUCCUGGCUCCCGGGGCCGAGAGCGCUGAUGCAGUGGAAACACAGGGGCCUGGGCCGUCCAGGACGCCCACAAGCCAGCUGGCGGGGGAGCGGCGGGAAGCUCAGGGGCUGAGGACCGAAGACGGGUCGGCCUGGGGACCCCCGCCUCCUGAGCUGCCGGUGGGCCGGGAGCCUCACACGUCCCGCAGGAGCCCCAUGUGCAGAGGGAGGGCUUGCGGGCAGCGCCCGAGGGUGCAGGCCGGUGCCUCAGUCCGGCGGCCAGCGUCUUGUGGCCGGAUAGGCAAGGACGAGCCCUGGGCUGUGGCCCCUCCUCGCUGCCUGGCCCUCCGUGCCCGCGCCCACGCUGGCAUCACCCCCGGGCCCCUCUGGCCACGUGGCCGGCGUGUCCGAGCACAGUCCCAGCCAUGCGUCGGGGGCCGCCUGCGAGAACACGCAUCGUCCCACGGGCACUGCCCCCACGGGGAGAGCUGCAUCCGGACAGGGUUGAGCGCCGAGCCCCUGGGGGCAGGCGCCGUUGGGGUCUCAGCGGCCUCUGCGAGUGGCAGUCGAGGGUGGCGGGGGGAGCUGAGAGUGCUGGCCAGGGUGACGGGAAGGCAGAAACCCAGAGGCCAGGCCCAGACCCUGGGGGCAUCUCUGGAGCCGUCUCGGUCCCUGUCGCUCCCCGAUGCGGCCGUCUCUCCCCUGCCUGCCCCUCCGGGCCCUGCCUCAGCGUGCUGGUGGACAAGUGACCAGACCGCAGCUCAGAGCGGGAAGCGACUGCCCCCACUGCGCUGUGCCCCCCGCAAGGGGCCUUCCCCAGGCUCUGCGCCUGGGCGCCCCUGCAGGGCCUCGGCGUCCUCACCUGUGAAAUGGGGUCGCGCAGCGGGGCGGGCAGGGGCGGUUCCGCGCGCCGCCGCCAGGGGGCGGCCCUGGCCGCUCCGGAGGCUGCGCGCGGGGAUCGCCCUGGAUUUGCUUCUUUUCAUCACCCCUGCGCGUCCAGCUGCUCCUGUCAACACCUUCUUACAGCGUGUAAUUCAUCGCCCCGCUGACAGCUGGAGCCGCCCGGCACGCUGCGCACCUGGGGCUGGGCCUGGAGGUGGGCGUCUGCGUGGGGGUGGGGGUCUGCGGGAGAGGGGUGCAGGGGGUCCCCCCGAGGACGGGCCAGAAGGCACCAGCAGACGGGGACCUGAUGGCGUGGAGGGAGGAAGCCGUGCCCAGCCCCGCCACCGGCAGGGCGAUGAGCAGGCCAGCGAGGAACAGAUCCCAGCCUUCCAGGACACCUUCCCACGCGCCUCACCCCGGGGGCGAGAGCGACCUUGUUGCCUCCCAGCGCCCCAGCCCCUCCAGUCUGGGAACCUCUCCGUGAAGAAUGAUCCAAAAACCACACAUCGUCUGGAGCACAAAGAUGUUUGGUGUGGUGUUUAUAACCGCGAAGAAUCGCGCCCAAUCACGGCGUCCAAGGAGGCCCUGGGGGGCGACGAUCCGCGAGCUGGGAACAGCCCCGGGGAAAUGCUAAUCCUGGGACCAAGCGAGAGGGCAGGUGUGCACCCCAGUCCACACGGGGAGCUCGGCGUGCGGAGGCCCCACGCACGGACUGCCCAGGCGCGAGCGGCCCGGGGAGGCGCUGGACGCUGGGGCCGCCGGGGCGGGCUCCCGCUCCCCGCUCCAUCCGCCUGGACUGUGCUGAUCAGCCUGUGUGAUGGGGUGAGGCGGGAGGAGGGCCCGAACCGGGGACUCGGGGGCGCAGCGUCCCAGCCUGCGGGCUUGGCGCCCGAGAUGAGUCUUGGCUUCAUCAGGACUGAGCGGGGGCUCUGGGCCCCAGAAAUUCUGGCACACUCGGGGCGCAGGGAGAAACAGAAGCCUGAACGGGAGAAAGGAUUCGCGUCCUGGCUACAGCCCCAGGAAGGCCCUGGGCCAGGAGGGCGGGGCUCUGACGAGCCCCUGGGACCCUGCGGCCAUGCUGUGAGGAGCCCCAGCAGCCACCUGGAGGCGGCCGGGCCAGCGGGCCAGAGGGUCGGACGGUGGCUGGCGGGGGCCCCGGAAACGACAGGGCAGCCGGCGCCCCCACAGGAGCCGGGACUGCACCGCCCUGGGGCGGCUCCAGCGUCCAGCCUCCGCCUCGGCUCAGGGUGUGAAGGCCGGAGGACCAGCAUCCUGGGCGAGGGCUGGCCCCAGGUCCGCGGUGCCCUCGCGGCUGCUGUUACUCCUCCCAUGGAUGACAGGGAGCCCCAGGCGGGGUCUGGAGGCUGGGGCCAGUGGGUGGUCCACCUGUCCGCCUGCAGGGGCGAGCGGAGCUGA